CGGGGAAGCAGCAGCUCGCUCGGCAUCAUGAGGCUCCAUGGAUCUCUGCUCUGGGUGGUCCUCCUCGUCCACAAGGUGGCGGGAGAGUACGGCAUGGCCCACUUCAGUGACGAGGGCAGCAGCAAAGGAAAGGAUUACUGCAUCUUCUUCAACUCCCAGUGGGCACGUCUACCUCAGGACCUGAAUAAAGCAUCGCGUCUACCGAUCUAUGACCUGACAUCAUCGAUCCUGUGCUCGCCCUCUGACGUCCCGGAGGGAGGUUUCCCCAAUCGCGUCCCCAUGGUGAUGCGGGGCAACUGCACUUUCUAUGAGAAGGUCCGGCUGGCCCAGAUAAACGGUGCCAAGGGCAUAGUCAUCGUCAGCAGGGAGAGACUGACACCACCAGCAGGAAACAGGACCCAGUAUGAGGAGAUUGACAUUCCUGUAGCAUUGCUCAGCUACUCUGACAUGCUCGAGAUAAGCACGAGGUUUGGUAAAGAGACACUUGUGGCCAUGUAUGCGCCCAAUGAGCCGGUGCUGGACUACAACAUGGUGAUCAUCUUCUUGAUGGCAGUAGGGACGGUCGCCAUCGGAGGCUACUGGGCCGGCAGCCGAGACCGCAAGAAACGCUACAUGAAGCACAAGCGGGACGACGGCGCGGAGAAGCCGGACGAAGAGACGGUGGACGUCACCCCGAUCAUGAUCUGUGUGUUCGUGGUCAUGUGCUGCAGCAUGCUGGUGCUGCUCUACUUCUUCUACGACUACCUGGCAAUCUGGGUUAUCGGCAUCUUCUGUCUGGCCUCCUCCGUCGGGCUCUACAGCUGCAUGUGGCCCUUCGUCAGGAGGCUUCCUUUCUGCAAGUGCAGGAUCCCAGAGAACAACCUCCCGUACUUGCACAAGCGGCCACAGAUCCGCAGUUUGCUGCUGUCGGCCUUCUGCAUCGGACUCAGCAUCAUCUGGAUGGUGUUUCGCAGAGAAGACCAGUGGGCGUGGGUGUUGCAGGACUUCCUGGGGAUCGCCUUCUGUCUCUACAUGCUCAAAACCGUCAGACUCCCCACGUUUAAGGCUUGCACUUUACUACUGUCUGUCCUUUUUGUCUACGAUGUUUUCUUCGUAUUUAUUACACCUUUAUUUACAAGGGACGGGGAAAGUAUAAUGGUGGAGGUAGCGGCUGGUCCCUCUGACUCCUCCGAAAAGCUCCCCAUGGUGCUCAAAGUGCCGAGGUUGAACUUCUCUCCCCUGGCGCUCUGUGACCGGCCCUUCUCCCUCCUGGGCUUUGGUGAUGUCUUAGUACCAGGUCUGUUGGUGGCGUACUGUCACAGGUUUGACCUUUUAACACAGUCCUCCGGGAUCUACUUUGUGUGCUGUACUAUCGCGUAUGGCAUCGGCCUGCUGAUCACCUUCGUGGCGCUGGCCGUGAUGCAGAUGGGUCAGCCCGCCCUGCUCUACCUGGUGCCCUGCACUCUGCUCACCUCCCUCACUGUAGCGCUGUGGCGCAGGGAGUUGCCCCAGUUCUGGACUGGAAGUGGAUUUGUGCCGGCCAUAAUGCUCGCACCGAUCAACUGCACACAAACUGCAACGCCGCAGACCGAAGGGCUCUCCACCAAACCGGAGCCGCUAACAUCAGAAUCUGCCGCUCAGAGCGAAGACACGCCCAAUCAGCCGCCUCAAGCCACGCCCCCGCCGGAGAACGACGAAGACAAAGACAAAUCUAACUGAAAGGACUUCUAGUACGGCAUUUUCAUUUCAUGUUUUAUUUGUUUGUGAUUUUUGUUUUCUAUGUAGUGUUUCAGUCAGUGGACAUUUUAAGUACUGUCGCUUAUUUGCACUUGGUGUGAAGGGACGAGCAGGUGAGGUCUACGUUUUCUGAACGACUGACUCACUCACACACACACAUACAUACACACAAGUAUAAAAACCUGCACAGCAGCACCAACACCCGCCUCUACUACAUAAAGUACCAUCUGUAUCAGUGGUGGAAAGUACAUUUACUCAAGUAGUCUACUUCACUACAGUUGUAAUAUCUUCUACUUGAGUCCUACUUCAAACCUCCACGUUUCAGAGGCAGAUAUUCAACGUGUGACUCCACAAUGUAGUUUAAAAGUCUAAAAACAAGAGAGACUUGUGUUUUAAUUCUUCUUUUCAAUCAUGAAUUAUCUGAAGAUCCCUCAGAUUUUUCUGGAGACUCUUCAGAGGAGCCCAGAAAUUUUGCUAAUUCAGUUUUAGGGGAUUUGGCUUCACUUUGAAGGAGCUGUCACGUCAAUCAUCUUCACGAGUAAUAUAUAAUAGGAAAUGUGAUGGAAGUAUUAUGUAGGUUACACACUGCAAUCGCCACCUGAAGUGAUUCAGAACAUCUCGUUAUAAAAACUGUUGCUUCAAGCACUACAUCAGAAAUGUACGGAGCCCCUUAUUUUCUCUGAUACAUUAUAAUCUGUCAGAAUAUAAAGCACAGCGGUGAUGACUGAAGACGCCCAUCACCUGUUUAAUCAUGGCGCCAUCUUGGUUGUUGACUGAGCCAAAGUUGUUCGAAUCUUUUUUGUAACACUGAAGAAUUUUUGUUGAUGUUUUCUCGUGUUUCUUUUGGUAUAUUUCUUGUUUUGCAUGCUAUGAUUUUGACCUUUUUAUAUAAAAAAGCAGUGUAUAAUCUAUAAUAUGGGCUUCGUUUGCAUUAUCGGCGCCAAAUGUUGGCCAUCGCGUUUUUUAUUCCCCAAGUAGUUCCUCAAACUGUCUUAACAACUGGUUCUGGCCUUACAGUGUCCAUGUGGGGGGGGGGGGGGG